CAUUUUGAAAGGAGCACUGAAUUAAGCAUUUGGGAGAGUGCAGUAGCAUCAUUACAUGACAUGCAUCACCCCAUCCAAGCCCGAUGCUAUACCUGCCCCUGUCACUGGCUUCCUGACUUGAAGGGUAUUCCUCGUUCCUGCUUUACAGUGAGGAUCCAGUUUGGAUUCAGUUACCAAUCCCAGUGGAGUGGGCAGGAACAUGUCUAUCAAUUCUGUUGUAUUGUACUUUCCUACGCACUUAAUGCAGUGUCCUGCACACAGUAAGCACUUAAUAAAUACCACUGAGGGUUGAUUCAGGGCACUUAGUGCAUCCAGGGGAGAAGGAAGGCCUAGCCAGACAAGAGUCCAUUCUUCCUCACCUGCGAGAGUCCUGCUUCUGACUGCUGUGUCUGACAAAAUGGAUGUCACAGGAGACACGGGCAGGAACCCAAGCUGGGAGGGUGCCCUUGGGUCAGAAGAGUUCUCGUCCCACAUAUUUCCUAUUUCCCAAGAAUUACUUUCCCACUCUCUUCCUUUUCUUCCCACCAACAGGCCUUCCUCGUCACCUCCCUCAGCUGCUGACUCUCCCCUCCAGGGAAUCAAGAUUCUUCUGGGAUUGGUGUCUGAAAAGCUGAAGCAGAAUGAAGCAGAAUUUGGGGAGGUUCCAGAGGAUAAGAAUUGUACAUUGGUGAUGAAUCAAGCUGUUAUUGGAAAACACAUUCAGUUUCUCUCACCUUUUUUCAAGCACCAUUUUGGGACCUGAAGGGCCUGGAGUUCUCGGCAGGUCACCGACAUUCCCUUGGCAAAGCUGCCACCUCACCACCGUUCUCCGAAUCAUGACCUCGCUCAUCAGUAGCGCUAACCUCCAGCUGGCUGGCUUUGCUUUCGCCACAGUUGGCUGGAUCUUUUCCACACUGACCAUGGGUCUGGUGCAGUGGAGAGUGUGGUAUAUAAGCAAUACCACCAUCAUCUCCUCUGGCAUUGCCUGGGUGGGCAUCUGGAAAGUCUGCUUUUAUAGCCACAGCAAAUUCUCUAGUAAUGGAAGAGGGGAAUUCUGCCAUUUCUUCCGGCCCGGCGACGGCUUUCUCCCCUUGGAAAUUCCAGUCGCUCAGACCCUGUUCAUCUUCGCUGGAGUCCUCGGAGCUGUGGGGAAAGUUUCCACUAUCGUGGCCCUAAAAAGUAUUUAUAUGGGAGUUCUUCGUAAAUCUCACAUCUUGCGUUACUUUCUGGUAGGAGGCAUCUCCUAUGUCAUUGCUGGCACUUGUGUCUUAAUUGCUGUCAGCUGGAAUUUAUAUUCCACAGUACAAGGCCAUACUAUCUCUUUUCCUCCUUCUUUCUACCUGCCCUCCAAACCUGAUACCCAGGGGAUGGGGGCUGCUAUUCCUGUGGGGUUUAUUUCUGCUGGCCUUAUGGUGGUCAGUGGAGCCUUUCUGGUCUCGUACAAAUUCCCAGUGAUAGCAGAUACAGUAACCUGUUCUGAAAUCACAGAAUGAGUUGGCCACCCGAUCGCCAGGCAUUUUCUCCAUCCGUGGAGGAGCACAGUGACACAGACUUAUUUUCUCUCCCGUCUACCCUCUGGACCCUAUUCCCACGGGAAAUGACUUAAGGGAUUUGCAGUAGGUGGAUACUACAGAGGUACCUGGCUGUUGCAAUUGAAUGUUUAAAAAAAGAUCUGGGAUGCCAAAUACUUCAAAGGACUCAUGACCUAAAUAAAAGUGCUUUUUAGCCCAGAG